AUGGUUGUCUUCUUGAAGGUGAUGUGCUCACAGGACAGAAGAACAGGGGAGCCCCCUACCACCAUCAACCCACCCCAGCACAUCAAGACUGAGCUCAUCUUCAUCCACGGAGGCCAGGGCAAACUGGAGCUCGAGGCCCUGAGUAGGUAUGCCAGCCCGGUGACCCCGCCUGUCUUCCCACCCCUAACUGUGGUGCUUCUGGCCAUCGGCAUGUUCUUUACCGCCUGGUUCUUCGUUUACGAGGUCACCUCCACCAAGUGCACACGUGACAUCUACAAAGAGCUCUUCGUCUCCUUGGUGGCCUUGCUCUUCAUGGGAUUUGGAGUCCUGUUCCUCCUACUCUGGGUCGGCAUCUAUGUCUGAGUCCCCAAGGGUACCCACCAGGA